AUGAAGCCAGAUGCCUUUGAGCAGAUAAUCAAGGCCAAACCGAUUCAAUUAACAUGUAAGAUCACUAAUAUAUUGUACUUGAUAUCAAAAUAUAAACUUUUUUUUAGGGAAAGGAAAUCGAAAUUGCUUCGUGUUGCAUGAAAAAAGUGUGUACAAUGCACUGGGGAAUGGAAGUGUUAGUUGGAAAAGGUUAGACGUUUGUUAUUAUUGCCAGUCUCUAAGAUUAGCAUUUUGCAUGCGAAUAUUACAGGGAUGACGAGAAGAAAGCGCCUUAUCCCCUUCCAACCCGGUUCCAACUAAUCUUCUUGCCGUUUGAUCCUCAUUUUGUCAUCAGGGAUGGCAUAGUGGCCACAGUAGACCAAGUUGCUUUUAUCCACUUCUAUUUUCUACUUGCUUCGGUAAGCUUAGUGUCAAGUACAAUAUCGAUAAAUCAGACCGUCGAAGAGUAUCGUCAAGUACUGCCAGAGUUUGCCGAAUGGUUCAGUCAGGUCAGAGAUAGUAAUUUUAUCAUUGUUUUCGACUCUACGAAAGCGAAAGAGAACAAAUCCCGAGGGCAUAUCAUGGAGAAGUUGAAAAGUGAUGUCCAAAACCAUUCUAACAAGUAAGGUUACGAUAAAAAUACUUUUAAAUUUUUUUGUUUUUAGAAUUCUUGAGAUUAAUGUGAACAAGCCGGCUUUUUGUGGUGCAGUUCUAUCCACCUUUACAUCAGCUUUGGAUAAGUAUUCGAAUAAUUUAAGUGCCAUCACUCUGACCAAAAGAGAUGAACAUGACGAGCCGGACUUUAGUGUAGUCAGUUUGAUCAAUUUGGAAUUUAGUUAUUGUACUUUUUAUUGGAGUUUGGGUCUUUUGGAGAGUGCUUUGGAAGUGAUGGAAGAGAUGGUCAAGGUUUUGAACGCAUUGUUGGAUGAGAGUAAGUUGUUUCUUGUUGAAUAUUGGUUUUUAGGCUCUUCCAAAGUCUGGCUAAACAAGCUCAGGUCUCCCCUAAAUGGAUAUAAAUCCCUGAUUCUGUCCGAAUCUUUGAAUCGGAGUAAUCUAAAUGAGUCGGAUUCCCUGUUAUCAAUCAGAUCUUUUCUUUUGUCUCAUCAAAUUUUUGCUUCGAUUUAUGUUUUUGAAGAGCGAAAACAAAAGAAAUUGGGGGACGUGGCCACAUUGGGCAAUUUGAGGAAUUAUUUUAUAACCCUAUUAGCCAGAUAUGGAUUGCAAAUGGUCGAGAAUGCCGGUAAUGAUUGGCAUCGAUUAAAAGUAAGCAUAAUAUGAUGAAUCAUUAUAUGUAAUGCGUAACGUUGAAGCUAAGAGAGCAUAGAUUGCUUCAAGAUUUCAUCCAAAUCUUCUGGUUGGAGGAGAUCUUAUCCUUUCUUGGAUUCAUCGGCGAUUUCUUUGACUCGGAAAGUUCGGCCAGAUUCGUUAUCCAAAUCCACCAAAUUCUGAUCGAUGCAGUGAGUAAAUCCAUUUAGUCAUUAUGCAUUUAGUGGGAGGACGUUUGUUCCAAGAAGUAUUCCAACACUUACGUUGAUUGGUUUGAUUCCAUCAACAAAGUUGAUGACUCUUUGAGUCCAUUAAUUCACACUUUGAGGUUCUUGAGACCCGAUGAGAUGUAUAUUUGUUAUAAUGAGACCUUAAAACGGGGUCUGAAUGUCAUGGAAAGGCACAAAUGGAACGUAUAUUACACGCAGAACAAAUGGAAGAGAGUCAAGUUGUUAUAGUAAGAUUAGAAUUAAUUGUUUUAUAUUAUUUUAGUGAUCUGGGGAAGAAAGAUUUGUUCAGAAGGGAAGUGAUGGAAUUUAUUGAGAGUAACAGCAAAACUAAGAUGCCUGUUCCAUGGCUUCUCGAAGUAUUCAAAACGUUGAAUGGGACUUGUAAAGGAGAAAUGGAAAAGGAAAUAAAGGUGUAAGAUGUAACUUUACUCAUCAUGGCUAAUAUAUAAUUUAUGUUUUCCAGAUUAAGAUGGUUGGUGUUAUCCCAGUUUAUUUACAAUCCCACAGAAGAGAAUUUAAAGGCCCUGAGAUCAUUAAAACCAAACGAAAUUAAUUUAUUGUAGGUUUAGGUAUCAAGUAUAAUAUGUUUUAGACGGAACUUUGAAUGGAAGUACAACACUCAAUUUCCUUUUAAAAUAAAGCUGAUUUCUCGAGAUUUGAUAACUUCAAAAGUGGGAUCUGUAUUUAAUUUUACCAUCAAAAUAUUGAGUCAUCUUCCACUUGAUGUGGGAUGUGAAUCUGAAGCCAUUUUAUGUUUUCUGGAUGCAGAUCGAACAAUCUCAGCGAAUCCAUGUUUCAAAUCAAGGCAGGAGGUAAGAUUUUCUUAAUAUAAAAUAGUCUUUUUUAUUUAUAAUAUUGUAUUAUUAUAGGGGAGUGUCCUAAAAAUAGCCAAUGUCCAAAAAGCCCUGCCAAAGUCCAGAUAUCUUGAGUUAUUUAGUAAAACGAGUAGCCAAUUGGAGAGCAAAGUUACUGCCAGACUUUUGACCGAUCCUGUCUUGAGACCGGGGAUCAAUGUUCUUCAAUUCGAGGCUAAAGUAAGAUGAUUUUACAGGGUGCGUCAAAAAAUAUGAACAAAAAUUUUAACUUGCCCUGCGGGCUGUAGGAAUUAAUUUUUGCCAAGGUUUUUUUGCGCACCCUUAAAAUAAUUUUAGUGCUCCACAGCUGGAUUGUACUGUUUAAACGAAGUAAACAUAAUGGUUACUCCCCACGAUGUCUUCUCCUUAUCUUAUCAGUACGAAGCGUCGUUGAAUGACCAGCUGAAACCUCUGUUGUGUCAUUGUAGUUUAGAUCGACCGACUGUGAAGAUUUGCAACGAUGAAAGUAGGCGUCUUCGGACAUUCCAAGGUUACUGUAAUUUCUUUUUAGAAGUUUUGUUUGCUGGGAUAGCUCAAAGACUGAAAAUUUACGUCGAAUUUGGCUCCAAUGCCUCAGGGGAUCUGAAAAUAAGUUUGGCUGAUGGAAAGAGUCAAGUUGAAUUUUUGGUAAGAUUACAGUUUGAUCUUAAUGUUCUUAUUGUAGGAUGAGGAUGGCAAAUGGACUAAAGAUCUAGUCAAACGUAUAGAGAAUCGAGAGAAAGUGACCAGCAAGGUUACAGAAAUUGGAUUCUGCGCCAAAAUAGACAGAAUGAAUUAUUCGGCGGAAGGAAAGUGCAAUAUAAUGCAUAAGGUAAGGCAAAAAAAUAAAAUUAAGUGUUGGUUUAGAUCAAAGUGGAAUGGCUUGGAAACGUCUUCUUCUUCGAUCUCAGUUUCAAGUCAAUCUUAUCCAUCAAAACGAUGACGUCAAUUCUGGAAGAUAGGUAGAGAUUACGGUAAAUGAUGUGAUUGUGUUGUAGGAUUUUGUUCGAAAUGGAUGUGGAACGAUGUGAUUCCUUUGAGGAACUUCUUAUUGUCCCUUUUGAAGCUAAAAUCGAGCGAAUGGAUGUCAAAGAAAUUGAGGAAACCCGUCCGAACCUCCUCAAUCCGAGCUUGGACCCCAUCCCUGCAAGUGCAACAUACAGGUUGAUCUGGCAACUGCCUCCAAACAGGGAUGAUCAACUGCAUAUGGACUAUUCGAUCUCCUUGGCUUACAAAAUAAUUUCCUCGGGGGAUUUGAUGGCAAUAACGGAGGAUAUGGCGGAAAUAAUAUCCUCACGAGAUUACCUUUUCCAAGAUACGAUCGGAUUUACUGCGCCUAAUGUGGAGUUCGAAGUGUGCACAAGGAUUCUGACAGAGAGACCGCAGACCGUGAUUUGCCGUUCCGAUCAUCCCUGUGAUCUGGCUGUCACCCUCAGGGCAUUGUCCGAUAAUCCGCAGACUGUUAUCAUCUCCAUUGAAGCCGAUCCAAAUCAUUGGAGUUUGGUCGAGAAGUUUAAAGGUAGUGUUGUAAUUUGUAUCAAGAUUUAUCAUUUAGUGGUUACAAUGAAAGGUAAUGGACUCGGCCAGUGUUCUUUCCAAAUCAUCCCCAAGGCCACGGGGUUCCUACCGUACCCCGCUGUUUUUGUUCAUCGAUGUAAUGGCACUCAGAGUUUGAUGGUAAGAUUAUUUGAAAAACAUAUGAGGCGGGUCGGCUCGUAGUUUGCUCGUAUUUACAGGAGAAGGACCCAAGUACGGUGGACACCAUCCUUUUUGGGGAAAGGGUGACCCAUUUUAAUAGAAGCGAGGCCAAACAGAUCCAUGUUUUGAAUGGAAUCACCUCCACAGAUGACUCAAAUUCUGCCAAAUCAACAUCAAGCACGGGAACCAAACGUUCUCUGAGGUCACAGGCCAAGGAAAGACUCAAAAUGUUGUUUGAAUGA